GCGUAAUCGGAGACUCUGAGCCUUCUGGUGCCGUAAAGAGGCAGCCCUGACCGGGACUACUCGGGGGCUCUGGGGUCGGGACUAGCGGGCGAAAAUACCCGGAGCCACAUCGCUCAGUGACCGCAAGAAAAUGCACUUUUAAGCAUCGCGAAUUUGGACAAAACAUUAACAAUCAACCGCUACACAUAGUUCACACACAGUUGGUUGUUUAAUAUAAAAUUUAAUACAUUAAAUGUGUUACCAAUGUUUUGUACCACAGCGUCACAUUCAACAUUUCAUCAGGGUGUACAGAAUAUGGCGACAUAAUGAUUUUAUUGAGAGAUUGCAGUUUAUUGGGGGAGAAAUAAUGUAUGUAAUAAUAAUGUUUGUUUUUUUUUGUUGUUUUUUUGGGGGGGUUAGGAAAAACACAUAUUGUGAGCCUAAAGUGGUGGGGUGAGCAGUGUGGGUGGAGAGGAGAGGAAUCAGUGUCUGCUAUUGUCUACUCCAAUAGAGAGUGUUUAGUAAACAUGAGUGACAUGCUGUUUCUUCAUGCAGAUAAGCCCAGGGUGUACCAGGGCGUCCGAGUCAAGACCACAGUCAAAGAGCUGCUGCAGAGGCACAGAGCCCGGGAGGCCAACAGUAAAAAAGUGAAAACGAUAUCACAGGCAUGCUCGGAUCUUCAAGAGCUUUGCGUGUCCAGUUUUCCAAGUCGCUAUGAGGACCCUCCUCCUGCCAUUCCCCCAGCCGACGCGCGCAGCUGUGGAGCGCGAGACUUCCAGCUGCGCGCCGCCUCGUUCCCAGUCUCUGACAGCUCUUGCAACAGCCAUAUGCAGGAGCAGAGCCACUUUAACGACAUCCAGCAGCAGUUUGGGGACAUGAUGUUGCCCAGCAACGGCUACAGUGGCAAUUACAACAACAACACCGGCAGCAGCUACAACGCCUCCCUGCCUUCCCUUGCCACCUUCCCGCUGACCUGGUGCCAUGGUCUCUCCUCUGAUGCGGACUACUAUGGCCAUGGGAUGGGUCCCUGUUCCUCACCGGAGUUGCUGAAGCUCUGCAAUCCCGUGGAUCACGACAGCUACUCGCCACAGGACUCGUUCUCGUCCUCCUCCUCCUCCUGCUACGACUCACCCACCAGGAUGGAGCCCAGCUGCCACAGUAUCUCCUCCGAGCACUAUCACUAUCAGCACUGCAACCUCCAGGACGGUUACUGCCUGCCCCACUGCUGGCCAGGUCAGCAGGAGAGCCUCUCUGCCCCUGAAUAUGCACCUUACUACACCCCCACAGACUAUCCGUACACCUGUCCUGUGGAAGAGAACUAUUUCAAGAGGGAUUUGCAGAUGAGCUCUGAAAUGUGUUACAAUGUACUAUAAGACCUUCAUCAGUAUCGUUUUGUCUUUUUCUACUGUAAUUAUUCUUCUGUUCAAGUACUCAGCACAAUGAUUUCACUGUGUGCUCUGACCCGCGUUUGCUUUGGUAAAAUUAACAUGAUGAAUUCUGAAUAGAUGGAAAG